AUGUUUUCCGUGAUCGAGUCUGGUCUCACUCAGACCACAACGAAAGCACCUCAAGCGGCUUCGAACUCGACUGGCGCAGCAUCAGGCAGAAGUAUCCUAUCCGGCUAUGAUGACGAUGAUGGUUACCAGGCUCCAUCAUAUGGAGGAUCAUCCUACAAGGCUGAAUCGUAUGGAGGGAAUUCCUACGGGGAGUCUUCCUAUGCUAAACCGGAAUCGUAUGCUGAACCCGUUGCGGAAUACGAGCCACCCGCUGCAUACGAACCUCCUCCCCAGCCCGAAUACAAGCCGCCUCCACCGAAAACCAUCACAUACCCUGCUCCCAUCAAGGUGCUGGACUGCAAGGUGGUGUGCCACGGCGACUACAUGGUGAUCACCUUCAAAUUCUCUGGUCCCUUCUACGGCAUCGUCUAUCCUUACGGCCAAUACGACUGCGUCGUGUUCCGAGGACAAGGAGAGACGGUUUGCGAGAUCACUCUGCCCAAGAACCUCUGCGCAGGCAAGGGAUACAAACCCCCAGCUGUGGCUGCAUAUAGCUCGGAAUAUUUGAGACAUCACAUCAUGGUCCAGUUCGAUAAGAACUUCGUGGGGCCAUGGGACAUGCACGUGAUCGCUAAAUGCGACAAGCCCCAAGGUUACCAAAAGAAAGCAUCAUUCGAAUUCUUCACGAUCGACAAACAGGCUGUCAUGCUAUCCGGGAAACUGCUGGGUGCAGCCAAGCUGACGUACGAGAUCCUGCAAGGACACGGAAGUUACCUGCGUCCUCUGACUGGACCCGUCCUUCUUGGAACUCCACUCACUCUGCUCUUCAAGCUAACCGAACCGUACAUGGAAAUCGACAUGAACAUCGUAUCCUGCUGGGCAGUGGAAGGGAAGCCGAGCAAGCAAUUCGUCCAGAAUCCCAACUACGGCGCUACCUCACCUGAUAUCCAGGUCAUCAGCAACGGUUGUUCCACUCAACCCAAGAUCUUCGAGAAUUCCGUGAAGAACAAAGACGGUGGCUACGAAGGAUCGAAGGCGGUCACGACCAAGAUCCCCUUCCAGGCUUUCCGCUUUCCCAGGUCAGACUGCGUCAUCAUCCGCUGCGAGGUUCAGAUCUGCUAUGGGAAGUGUGCCGUGUACGAGACCUGCCCCAACUACAAGCCAGAGGAAUACCAGCUUCCUUCAUACCCGGCACCAGAAGCCUACAAGGCACCAUCUUACGACUCCUAUGCUAAGCCUGAGUCCUACGACUCAUCCUAUGGAAAACCAGAAUCAUACGAUACGCCUGCUUACCCUGCUCCAUCUGGCUAUGGGUCUGCCCCUGCUUAUGGUGCCCCUGCUUAUGGUGGUCAGUCUAGCUAUGAUGUAACCAAGCUCAUUCGCCCACCACCAAGCAACACCUUCACCCCUAUUGUUUCUGCAGGAAAGCCCACUGCCUACAAUCGUCCUGUGGAGGAUGACGAUGAUCGACGGAAGAGGCAUACAGGCGAAAUCCUUGAGACUGUUAUCAUCGAACACGUAAUCCAGAUGGAGAAUCCCGCCACCCAGGAACUGCGUGUCGUGGGGAAGAAGAGCAAGGCUGUGCGUUCCACCGGGAGCGUCCUUCUCCAGCUUGGCUCUUCCCAGCUCAAUGCCGUCUGUGAGAGCGAUAGGAUCGUCCUGAAGCUUUCCUCGACCAAGCCCUUCAAUGGCACCCUCAGCCUCUUCGCACCGGGGGUGGAGGACUGCGAGGCUCACACCUAUUCCGUUGGGAAGGUCUACACCGAGCUCGUCCUGGAUCCCAGGACUUGCUCCAAGCAACCGGAGGUCUUCAUGGCCUCGUUGAGCUCUGGAGUCGUUGCUGAGGAAAGCAUCUUCGAAUGCCAGAAGUCUUAGCUUGGGGUUUCUCGCUCCCAGUGACCCUUUGUCUUUUUUAUUAAUAUUUUAUUGGGGAGUAUUUUAUUGGAGCAUUUUAUGGGGAGAAUGUUAUUUAAUAGGGAAUUGUUUUAAAAUAAAUUUAUGCAAGAGUUUAA